AAGCCGGAUCUGGGAAGUGCCCUUUUCACAGUUUUGGCACCGAACACGGGACACAAGGUCUGAACAAGGUGCUGCUCUGUGUGUUCCUGGACCCCUAGGGUGGGACAUUCGGGAGUCUCAGCUCCGUGGCCAAUGGAGAGACUCAACUCCGAGAGCUGGACGAGAGGGUUUCUAGCCCCUCCGCCCCGCUUCCAGGACCCCAAUGUCUGCUGCUGUGGAGGAAAACAGUCCUAACUCUAGGAGCCAGCCUACAAACAGUGUUGAAAGAUCCAGGCAUGCCACUACUGCCUAAGGAAGAAGAGCUGUGAAAUAUCCUUCAGCAUUGGAUGCUUAUUGCUUAGACUGCCUGAGAGUGGAAAACCAGAGAAAGACGGUUCAUGGCAGACCUAUUGACAACGGAAACACUGGAAUCAGUGACCUUCAAUGAUAUAGCUAUAGACUUUGAUACAGAAGAAUGGGCUUUGAUGAACACAACCCAGAGAAACCUGUUCAGAGAUGUUAUGCUGGAGAGUAUCAAUCAUCUAGUGUCAGUUGGGUAUCAGCUCUGCAAAUCAGAAGUGGUUUCCCAGUUGAAACAAGGAGAGGAACUCUGGAGAGAAGGAUUAGGAUUUCUCCAAGGACAGAGUACAAGCAGACAAAAAGACCACAGAAAAGAAGAAAUGACAACCAUGCAACAUAUUUCCAAUAAGGACAAAUAUACCAUCCAGUCAAAGCAGCAGAUUUCUAUCAUUGGAAAACUUGUGAGAACUCACACUCAGAAGAAACCAUAUGUCUGCCAUCAGUGUGGGAAAUCAUUCAGUCAUCAUGGUAGCCUAAGGCACCAUGAAAGAACUCACACUGGGGAGAAACCAUACUUCUGCCACUUAUGUGGGAAAUCCUUCAGUCAAAGUGGUAACCUUAGGCAACAUGAGAGGACUCACACUGGAGAGAAACCAUAUGUCUGCCAUCUAUGUGGGAAAGACUUCACUACUAGGUGUAAUCUCAGACAACAUGUGAGAACUCACACUGGGGAGAAACCAUACAUCUGCCUUCUAUGUGGGAAAUCCUUCAGUCACUGUGGUAGCCUUAGGGAACAUGAGAGAACUCACACUGGGGAGAAACCAUAUGUCUGCCAGUUGUGUGGGAAAUCCUUCAGUAAAAGUGGUAAACUUAGGCGACAUGAGAGAACUCACACAGGGGAGAAACCAUACAUAUGCCAUCUGUGUGGAAAAUCCUUCAGUCACCAUGGUAGCCUUAGGGAGCAUGAGAGAACUCACACUGGGGAGGCACCAUAUAUCUGCCAUUUAUGUGGGAAAUCCUUUAGUCACUGUGGUAGCCAUAGGGAACAUGAGAGAACUCACAGUGGGGAGAAACCACAUGUCUGUCAUUUGUGUGGAAAAUCCUAUGCUCAAAGUGGUAAACUUAGGCAACAUGAGAGCACUCACAGUGGAGAGAAACCAUACAUCUGCCAUCUAUGUGGGAAAUCCUUUAGUCACUGUAGUAGCUUUAGUGAACAUGAGAGAACCCACACUAGGGAGCCACCAUAUAUCUGCCAUUUAUGUGGGAAGUUCUUCAGUAAAAUUGGUAACCUUAGGCAACAUGAGAGAAUUCACACUGGGGAGAAACCAUAUGUCUGUGAUUUAUGUGGGAAAUCCUUCAGUCACAGUGGUAACCUUAGGCAACACAAGAGUUCUCACACUGGAGAGACACCAUACAUUUGCAAUUUAUGUGGGAAAUCCUUCAGACUAAGCAGUAACCUUAAGCAACAUGAGAGAGCUCACAGUGGGGAGAAACCAUAUGUCUGCGAUAUAUGUGGGAAUCACUUCACUACUAGGUGUAACCUCAGACAGCAUGUUAGAACCCACACUGGGGAGAAACCAUACAUUUGCCAUCUAUGUGGGAAAUCCUUCAGUCACUGUGGUCGUCUUAGGGAACAUGAAAGAACUCACUCUGGGGAGAAAUGAUACAUCUGACAUUUAUGUGGGGAAUCCUUCAAAGUGGUAACCUUAGGAAACACAAGAGAACUCACACUUGGGAGAAACCAUAUGUAUGCCAUCUAUGUGGGAGACUUCACUCAUUGGUCUGCCCUCACUGUACAUGAGAACACACACUGGGGCAAAAUCAUUGUGGGAAAUCAUUCAGUCACUGUGGUAGCCUUUGAGAACAUGAGAGAACUCACAUUGGGCAGAAACAAUAUGUCUGCCAUUUGUGUGGGAAAUCCUUCACUCAAAGUGGUAAACUUAGGCAAUGUGAGAGAACUUCCACUGGUGAGAAACCAUACAUAUGCCAUCUAUGUGGGACAGUCUUCACUAAUAGUUCUAAAUUCCUAUGACAUAUGAGAACUCACACUGUGUAGAAACAAUACAUCCACCAUCUAUGUGUGAAAACCUUAAGUCAAUCUGGUAUCCUGAAGCAACAUGAGAAAACUACACUGGGAAGAAACCAUGUAUCUGCCAUUUAUGAGGAAAUCUUUCAGUCAAUGUUGUACCCUUCAGCAACUUGACAGAACAUACACUGGGAAGAAGCUAUAUGUCCACUAUUUUUGCAGGGAAGAUUUCACUGAUAGAGUGAUCCUCAGAGAAUACUGGAUAAUUAACACUGGGGAGAAAACAUGUCUGUGAUCUAUGUGGGAAAACCUUUAUACAUAUUUCUGCCACAAGGAACAUCAUAGAACUCAAUAAAUAUGUUGUGCAUAUGGAAGAGUUUUCAGACACACCUACUGUUCUAGUUUGCUAAUGCUGCUGGGAUGCAAAACACCAGAAAUGGAUUGGCUUUCAUAAAGGAGGUUUAUUUGGUUACAAAGUAAGGGUCUUAAGUCUGUAAGUGUCCAAAG